AUGUACCGCUCUGAUAGAAACUGCUGCUGGGAUCCGAAGCCAAACAACCUUAAUGCUCCCUUCUGCUUCCUCAAGCAACACACAUGCAAGGGCUACGAAGUCAAGUCUACUGAAGAAUCCGCCACAGGCACUCUUAUCCAUCUCAGUCUACUCGGUGGCUCCCAGGGUUGCUCCCGUUUCGGCCAAGACAUCCCCAACCUCGCGGUGCACAUCGACUAUGAGACAGAGUCUCGUGUCCGCGUCAAGAUCAUCGACAGCGACAAAAAGCGCUACGAGAUUCCUGCCUUUGCUUUGCCCAAUCCAGAGUCGUCUGCCCGUCGCAAUGUCGCCAAGAGGGAUUAUACUGUAAAGUACACCAAGAGCCCAUUCACCUUCUCCGUAACCCGGGUCUCGACAGGCGAGGUUAUCUUUGAUUCUUCGGUCGCGGGCAUGGACUCCCUGGUUUACGAGGACGAGUACCUCGAGAUCUCAUCAGUACUGCCAGAUGAUGCCAAUAUCUAUGGUUUGGGAGAGGUCGUCACGGCCUUUAGGAGAGACCCCCGAGGCACCCGCCAGACCAUGUGGGCUCGCGAUGCUGCCACACCCGUUGACGAGAAUCUCUAUGGCAGCCACCCCUUCCAUCUCGAGAUGCGCAAGGGUCUCGCCCACGGUGUUUUCUUGCGCAACAGCAACGGCAUGGACGUCAUUAUCACGCCAAAGAAGAUCACUUACAAGGUCAUUGGAGGCAUCCUCGACUUUACCAUCUUUUUGGGACCCAAGCCAACGGAUGUGGUCCAACAGUACACUGAGCUGGUUGGACGACCCCACAUGCCCCCAGCCUGGUCUUUGGGCUUCCACCAGUCCCGCUAUGGAUACAACAACAUUGGAGAGGUCGAAGAGGUUGUGAAGAGGUACCGUCAGGAGAACUUGCCUUUGGAUGGAGUCUGGAUCGAUAUCGACUAUAUGGACUCGUUCAAGGAUUUUACGUACGAUGAGGCCCGCUUCCCCCAGGCUAGGAUCCGCGCACUCGCUAGUGACUUGGCUGCCCAUAACCAGAGCAUGGUUCUCAUCAUUGACCCCGGUAUUCCCAUCGCCCCUGGUUACGAACCCUACGACACUGGAAUGAAGGAGGACGUCUUCAUCAAGACAUUAACAGGCAAGCCCAUCGAGGGUCGUGUCUGGCCUGGUCAGACCUACUUUCCCGACUUCAUGAACACCAACGAGACAUGGGCGUUCUGGCAGCGCCAGCUAGCCAAGACGAGGGCAGAUAUCGGCGACAAUGUGUAUCCUUGGAUCGACAUGAACGAGCCCAGCAACUUUUGCAAUGGACCCUGUACCAAGGACAGCCCUGGAUUCAAUCCCGCCCUUGACAAGGAGGUUUCGGCCAACGCUUACUUGACCAAUUCACCCGAGGAUAGGGACAAGGACAUUCGCAUCGCUUCUGAAAUCGAGCACCUCGCCAAGCGUCAGGAAGCAGCUGCACCCAUCAACCUGAAGUAUGCGAUCAACAAUGCCGGCAGACAGGCACCCCUGGACGAGAAGACCUUGGCCGAGAAUGCGGUUCAUAAGAACGGUCUCCGACUCACCGAUACCCAUAACCUGUACGGACACAUGGAGGCCAUGGCCACCCACCACUCUCUUCUCCAGCUCAACCCCAACCAACGUCCCUUCAUCCUCACUCGCUCCUCUUUCUCCGGCACUGGUACGCAUCUUCUUUCUCUAUCUGCUCCCAUUUGUUGUUCCUAUGUUGGGAUUAACUUACUAAGACGAUUGCUUUCUUUCACAUCCUCCUUCAAUAGGAUCGUAUGCUGCCAAGUGGACAGGCAAGUUUACUAUUUGUUUCGCGCACUAAGGACACGAUGA